AUGAUGUCCGCUCGCGUUGCCCGCACCGGCCUGCGUGCCGCCCAGCAGUUCUCCGCCCCUCGCGCCGCCGUCAACGGUCUGCGCACCUAUGCCACCCCGGCCCAGGAAGUCCGCCCCCCCGUCGCUCUGUUCGGCGUUGAUGGCACCUACGCCACUGCUCUGUACACUGCUUCCUCCAAGUCCUCCGCCCUCGACCAGACCGCCAAGGCCAUCGCCAACCUCGGCCAGACCCUGAAGGCCGACCCGAAGCUGAUCACCAUCCUCGGUGCCCCUACCCUCACCACCGCCGACAAGCAGCAGAUCAUCGCCGAGCUCCAGAAGGUCGCCGGUGCCGACAAGGGUGACAUUCUCAAGAACUUCCUCGCCACUCUUGCCGAGAACAACCGUCUCGGCACACUCGAGGGUGUCUGCGAGAAGUUCGCUACUCUGAUGAGCGCUCACCGCGGCGAGAUUGAGCUCAGCAUCACCUCCGCUCAGGAGCUUGACUCCAAGACCAUCUCCCGUCUGGAGAAGGCCGUUGCCAAGUCCGAGUACAGCCAGGGCAAGAAGCUUAAGAUCGUCACCAGCGUCAACCCCGACCUCGUUGGCGGCCUUGUUGUCGAGAUCGGUGACCGCACUAUCGACCUGAGCGUCUCCUCCAAGAUCGCCAAGAUGAACAAGGCUCUGACCGAUGCUUUGUAA